AUGUCAUCUGUGGAACAAUCUGUACCAUCAUCUCCUCCCAUUGCGUAUUCCACCAUCUCCAUGGCGGGGGCAAAUGAGGACCCGGAAAAUGCAAAUUUAGCCACUUUCGACUUUGACAACGGCGACAUCGAAAUAACCCCGGAUGAAACAGAGGCACUCCGUGAAAUAAGAAAUAUCAUUAGUCACGGCUACCUCGCUACUGGCUUAAUGCCGACACUUUCUGGGACUAGCUUCAGCACAGAGGCACCUAUUGAAGAGCAGUCUGCUGUCUCACAUGGCGUGUCUGGAGGAUAUAUUUCGGCUCAUUAG